AUGCAUCUAGCAAUCAGACCAGCGGGGAAGACAAAGGCGGCGGCGGUGCACGCCCGGUCAACCAGCCUGCCGCACGAGCACUCCCAUCCGGUCAUGGCCUACCUCGACGAGAGCAUCCGAACGCUGAAAUCAUGGUCGGCCGGAGCUGCCGGUCAGGCCUCCGGCAUCGCCCUCGUCCAUGCCGUCCUUGAAGCGCUCGGCGACCUCCUGGAGCUGCCGCAGGCUGUGGCAGCCCUCCACGAGGCGGCCGCCUGUGACCAAAUCCUCGACAUGUUCCUUGUGCUUGCUGAUGCCUACGGCACAUUCCAGUCGGCGCUGAUCACGCUCAAGCAGAGCGUGGCGGAGCUGCAGGCCGGUACUAGGCGCGGUGACGGCGUGAUGAUCGCUGAAUCGCUCCGUGCGCACAGGCGGACAGAGAAGGAGCUGUCCCACCUCGUCGCCACAAUGCGACACGCCACCAGAUGCACUCUUGCUGCAUCAAAGCCCAUGUUUACCACGGACGAUGAGGUGAUCGGCAUCGUGGCAGAGGUGGCUGCAGCCACUGCGCAAGCAUCGGAGGCCAUCUUCAUGGAAUGUGCAGCAAUGUCACCCGCAAUAGCCCAGACUUCAAACAAGUGGCUGGCCAGGCUGAGCAUCAAGCCCGCCGCCAAGAAGGCAGCACCCGAGACAGCGAUGGCCACACUAGAGAGGUUGGAGAAGCUAGAGGAUUGCAUCGAUGGGCUGGAGACCGGGAGCGAGAAGGUUUUCAGGAGACUACUGCAGUCUAGAGUUUCACUUCUGAACAUCCACUCCCUUCUGACUCUGUAG